UUCCUUUGACCAAGUAUGUGCGAUUGGUGCACACACAUUGCAAUCUCAAAUUCAAACCCUAUUGCGAGGUUAACUUAGCCCGAAUGGCAGGUCGCCAGCACUUGUAUCAUGUCAAAUUAGGGUUUCAAUGCAUCACCUCCGAUGAUGAUGCGUAUGCUUCGACUUGAGGCUUGCUCCAGCGGCGCCUGCACGGGCUAGCAGUUGCUGUAUAGAAUCAAAUAUUCAUUCAGGUGUUCAGGAUGCCAAGCUUGGUACUCUGACGGUUUGGAUUAACCCAUUGAAUGUCGGUCAUCUUCAGGUUCAUGAGAGAGAUGAAGACGUAUUUUGGGUUCCCGAGAAGAUGUCCGAUGACCGAGGCUGGUGUGGGCUGCAAGGACUCGGACUCGGUCACUCGGGCAGGGCUGUUUGAUCUUCGACGAGCAAACCGAACGUAUGCCAACGGACAGGCUGUUUGAACCUGCUCUUUUCUGCAAGGCCGGGCUGCCGAUGGGGAUAACUCUCUCCAAACGGGCUGUAUCAGGCAAUAAACAUCUCCUUGACGCGAGUAAUGCCUUUCUCAAUCCCUGGGAACAGUUCGGUUGGCAUCGUUCGAUGAUCCUGACUGUCACACCUUCCAAUUCCGUAUCUAGAGAGACAUCGGGAAGGCUGUUUGAACUGCGCCCCUUCUCAUAUGGAAGCAAUAAAAGCGAACCUCGCCGUGGGACUCUGGUCCAAUCUCUUUUGCCCCUUCUCUGAGCUUUCAAAGCUUCAUUCCCCCAUUUGUUCUUCCCAGCUUGAACCAUGCCGUCCUCAGUGCAUGGCUCACCAGCUGCAACUGUACAUGAAGAUAGUCCCCAGCAGCUCACAGCCGCGACAGACGAUGAGAAUCGUUACCAGCGCACCUCGCGCGGGAAAGCGUUUUGGCUUUCGUUCGUCGCUAUCAUUGUUACAAUCCUCUUGAGUGCUCUCGACCUGACCGCUAUCGCAACGAUUCUCCCGACAAUGACCGCUGACUUGAAUGGGGGCGAUGAUUUUACCUGGGUUGGUUCGGCGUAUGCGCUCGCAAGCACCGCUAUUCUUCCUUUGAUUGGUGGUCUGGCCGAUAGUUUUGGCCGGAAACCAGUCAUGUUGGUUUGCAUCGUUGUUUUCGCUGUCGGAAGUGCCCUGGCCGGAUCGGCGCAGAACAUGAACUGGAUGAUCGGAGCGCGAACUGUCCAGGGUCUUGGAGGAGGCGGCAUCCAGACCUUGACAAACAUCAUCACUUCUGAUCUCGUCCCUCUCGCGGAGCGCGGUACUUAUCAAGGUCUUAUCGGUCUGACGAUCGCCCUUGCUUCAGGUAUCGGCCCUCCGAUUGGUGGUCUUUUGGCCCAAGAUGCAUCCUGGCGAUGGUUAUUUUACAUCAAUCUUCCUCUGUGUGGUAUAUCAUUCGCUCUCGUCCUGUUUUUCCUUCGAGUCCGCACUCCACCCGGCACCGUUUUCGAGAAGCUCUCAAAAAUCGAUUGGACUGGAAAUGUAAUCAUUAUCACCGGCACGACGCUCGCUGUCAUCGGUUUGACUUGGGGUGGUACUCGAUACCCAUGGGCGGACGCCCGCGUCUUGGCACCUUUGAUCAUUGGCUUGGUUGUCAUGGGUUUAUUCUGCGUCUACGAAUAUUACAUUCCCAAAAACCCAACCAUUCCGUUCAGGGCCUUGGCCAAUCGAACGAGUGCUAGUGGGUUCGCUACGGCAUCCGUCCAUGGAGUCGCCAGCAUCUCCAUCAUCUACUACAUUCCCAUCUACUUCCAAGCAUGUCUCGGAGCUUCCCCUAUCCGUUCUGGCGUGGACAUGCUCGCAACGGCUCUUAUCAUCUCGCCAUUUGCUCUCAUUUGCGGUAUCGUCGUCAAAGUAACGGGCAAAUACCGUCCAGUCAACUACGUUGGAUGGGUGUUGAUGAUCAUCGGCUUCGGGCUUCUCAGUCUUCUCAAGGCCGAUAGUAACACAGGACAGUGGGUUGGGUAUCAAGUCCUCGUUUCCGCUGGGACUGGUAUGAUCUUCUCUGCUACGGUGUUCCCGGUCCUGGCUCCGCUCCCCGUUUCGUUGACAGCCCCCGCAUUGGCGUUCUUCGCUUUCGUAAGAACAUUUGCCCAGGUUCGUCUAUUUCCUUUUUGUCUGCGCUCCACACGUACUAUUUAUACACGGGCACUUUUUUCAAUUUUACUUAUCUAUUUCUAUUUCAGACAUGGGGUAUCACCAUCUCGAGCACCAUCCUCCAAAACGAACUCAAGAAAAACCUUCCCGACGCCUUCACCUCGCAAUUCCCCCAAGGCGCCGAAAUCGCAUACGCCGCUAUCCCCGCUAUUCCUCAACUCCCUGAACCCUUGAGAACGGAAGUCAAAGUGGCGUUCGCAUCGAGCAUGGGGAUCAUUUGGAAGACGAUGAUCGGGUUCUCGGGGUUGGGUCUGUUGUUGUUGAUCAUGAUGAAAGAGGUCCCGUUGAACUCUACGGUGGAUGAGAGCUAUGGUUUGGCUGAAGCUGAGGCGAAUAAGGAGAAGAAAAUUAGUCUUUCGGGGUCGGCGGAUUCUGAGCUUGCGGAUAAACGUGGGGAUGUGGGCGCUAUUGCAUGAUGUUGAUGUUGUUUUUGAGCUUUCGAAGCUAUACGCUCUUGAUAUGGAGCAUCGGACUACUGUCGGGUCAUUGUAUAAUAGUACGCAAGAUAUGUAGGAUACCCCACUGCCAGAGACAAUGGCAUAAUAUUAAGUUUAUAGUAGGAACCAUUUGAUGUCGUGUACUCAUAAUAGAGAAAUAUACCCUUCCUCCUGGGCGCAUACGUAUCUGUCCUCUG